AUGUCGUUGCGGGGGACGACGAGUGACAACAGUGGGUUUGUGGGGAGAGACGCCACCGUAGAGGUAGCAGAGGAGGACCUUGUGGCGGACUUCGAAGAGGACGUGGUGCUCCCUGUAGCUGCUGCGACUCCAGCCACUAAUGACCCUUACCCCGACACCCAAAACUACAGAGGUGCAGCAGCAACUGCAGAUAAGCUCGUGGAGCCUAAAGAAACCGCCAAGCACGCAUGGAAAGUAGCAGGAGCAGCACAAGAAGGCCGCUCAUCCCGUGCUAGAGUGACUGAUGCAGAAUGGACGACGAGUGACAACAGUUGGUUUGUGGGGAGAGACGGCACCGUAGAGGUAGCAGAGGAGGACCUUGUGGCGGACUUCGAAGAGGACGUGGUGCCCCCUGCAGCUGCUGCGACUCCAGCCACUGAUGACCCCUACCCCGACACCCCAAACUACAGAGGUGCAGCAGCAGCUGCAGAUAAGCUCGUGGAGCCUUAA